AUGUAUACUACACCAUUCGGAUCUUGGUAUCAAAAUAAUUCCAUUAAGAUAAUAAUGUCAAAUUCAGGCGCAUCACGUUUACAAUGUGAAAUGGUAGACUUGCUCAUACCUAGGUCAUUAGAUGAGGUAGAGACAAUGUUAUGUAAUAGACCUUUUCAUACAGAAGAAAAUAAUAUGCCCGUGAACUUUUUUGCAUCUAUGUUGACUGAUGUUCAGCUUUGGCUUUUUAUUAAUUCAAAUCACAAUCAUUAG